GAAUUAAAGUGAGGUAUGGCCCAGGAAGAGAGGGUAUUGGUAUUUGUAACAUUGUUGCCAUUUUUUAAGCCCAUAACUGCCUUUGUUUUGGUGUCUCCAUGUGACUUGAAAAAGGCAACAAACACACAAUCUCUCUAUUUUAUUCUCUUCUCUUUAAUCUUUCCCUUUUCUUUUCUUUUCUUUUUUUUUUUCAUUUUCUCCAUUCCCAUUAGACCUAUUCCCCUGUUUUUCUUCUUCUUCUUCUUCUUCUUCUUCUUCUUCUUCUUCUUCUUCUUCUUCUUCUUCUAAUAAUCACUUCUCUCAUUUUCACCUCAAAAAAAAGAAAAAAAGAAAAAAAAAAAAGAAAAAAAGAAAAAAAGAAGACAAAGAAACAGCAUUAAGAGAAAUGAAAAACCGCAAUUCCCAUGGCUUCUUCUUCUUCUUCUUCUUCUUCUUCAUCUCUUUUCUCUUCAUUCUUCUUCUCUUUUCUUCACAUUCUGCCUCUGCUCGCUUCCCUCCAUCCAAACAUGGUAUAGAAGAAACCCACAAGAAGAUCAGCUAUGGAUCAAUGGUUCAAUCAGGAGAUUCAUGGCCAGAUUUCCCUCAUGUAAAGAGAGAGAAAGAUGAAGAAGAAGAAGAAGAAGAAGAAGAAGAAGAAGGGGAGAAGAGGAAGAUGAUGUUAGAAGCUCACUUAGAUUAUGUUUACACACAACAUGAGAAUCCUUGAAUCAAAUAUUUAAUUUUCAAAAUAUAUGUUUUUAUGUAUAUAUCCAAAUACUUAAAAACUAAAAGAAUUGCUGCUGUUUUCAUCGUAUAUUGAUAUAUAGUUUUAUAUUGUUUA